AUGAAGAAGGCUACGUGUAGUGGGGCAGCAUGCGUACAAAAUGCGAUAGCAAAGAUGGAAGAACUGGGCGGUAUUUUCCCGCUCCCUGUGGCUGGGGGGACAUUUCAGAAUAGCUUGAGAUACCUUCUCAUCCACGAAUCGGGCUCAUGCGCUAUGCCAGAAAGCGAGUGCGGCAUACCGACAUGGAAUGGAGAUCCGAGUCAGCCUACAAAUGUCCCUAGGUAUUUGUGCGACAAUUCCGGUCCCAAUUCUCAAGCUCUUAGAUUUCUAAAGGCUCUGAUGCAGACUGUGGCCUUCCUGCUGGCAUCGUCUUGCCCGACUCCUAAUUCGUUAGGGCCUCAUUUGCAUUACCACACUAUCCUUAAACAUAUACGGGCUGUGUUCCAUAUUAAACAAUUGGAGAUCAGCUCUCGAGCCGUCAUGUACGAUUUUGGUCGUCAAUACCUUGCUUCCAUCUUCAAGCACCGUACGCAGGUUGGGUGCAAAGUCGCUCGGAUCCCCGCAGGGAGAAAUGAGCAAGUCCAUGAGUCAAUACUGCAUUCGCUUAGCAAUGGGGCAGCCGACAGCGUCAUCGUGGGUUUCAAGACAGUAUUAGUUGACAACGACAGAGAAUGUGAGCCUGAAGGAUGUUUGCAGACCGUCACGAUACCUUCGAAUGCAUUCCAGACUACCCAGGAGCUUGAUUCUGACAUCUUGAAAUUGAUAUCGGUCCCAGUUUUCAGAGCGCAGUCUAAACGUGAUUGUGAGGCUGAAACCAGCACGCUCUACGACAUUAUGCGCCAGAUAUCUGCUAUUACGAAGCCAGAAGUGGCGCCUGUACUCCCAUCCGGAGACACGAACACCCCGCGUUCAAUCUCACAGUCGACUGACAGGCAAGACGAUGGAGAUCAGAAAAGCUUAUCACCUGAGUUGAGGUCCAUACUUCCGAUGCACCUGGAACCUACUCUUCGGCGGAGGUCCCACCUGCGCCUCACGGCAGUCAACAGAAGGACGAAAAGUCUUCAGCGCCGACUUUAUGAGCGACAGCGAUUUUUAGUCUACCUCGAAUCAUCUGCAAUGGCCAGCAACUGCAGAAUCCACCCUUCCACUGAAGGAAAUAACAGCAGCAACAACGUCAACAACGCAACCACCGACACCACCAUCCCCAAGAUCCCCGCCAAUCGAAUGGGACCAACCCUUUCCUCUAGAGCCCCCGGACAGAGGGUUCGCUGGCUACCAUCUCGUUGGCUCCCCUUCUACCCCUAUCCGAAACCGGCUACACCUACACCAAUUGUGGUACACAAUUAUGCUGGCAACACGAAACUAAGAGAUGUACUGGGAGCCGGCGUGAUCGGAGCGCUAGCUAGCCGUCAUAUGGACGCAACUUCGAGCUCGGUACCAGGACAUGUCGUCGAUACUAUAGACUCAUUACAAACCGUAACGCACAGGAAUCUUGGCCAGUACCACGGUCCAGAGGCUACAAUCCACAAUGCUAGUCCGAUGGCAUUGGCAUACGAAGGUGACCCUUCAGAGUCUUUUGUACCACUUGAGGCUUCUGCGAUUGUUGGUUCGGAAUCCAUCCCUGCCAGGCACCAGAAUGAAGAAUACGGUGAGAUUGCUACUUCGCAACAUCACAGGACACCAAAUGUUCAAGACAACAGGGAAGACUUUGGUCUGGAACUGGAUCUCAUUCAAAGCCCGGGGGUAAGGUACGACGAAGACGAGUCUUUGAGUGAUUGCGGAUCGCUAGAGGUUGAUGCUUCUGGGAAUGUUGAUCCAGAAGCCUCAACAUUACCGUGUCAUGUGCGCGGCUGUCAGCAGCCCGGGCAUCGCUUUGUGGCGACCGGGUUCCCAUGCAGUGAGCCAGAGGGUUGCCACCGGCCAGCACCGCAAAAGAUUACUCAGGGUUCAUCUAAUUCAGGCGAGCAUAUAUCCCCUUAG